AUGCCGCCGCGCCUCGGAGAAGCUCGGGAUUUCCGCGGCGUCCGCCUCCGCCCCUCCGGCGUGUAUUACGCGGAGAUCCGCUCUGGCGAUACACGUCUUGGGCUCGGAACCUUCGAGACCGCCCACGAGGCCGCCCGCGCGUACGACGCAGCGGCAUCGCGCCUCGGGAGGCCACGGGCGCAUAUUAACUUCUCCGACGUGCGGACACGUGAGCAGGCGCAGGAAUUCGCGCCUCCCCCGCGACUAGUCACCGAGGGGGAUCGCCGUGUCCAACGGAGGCGGGAGCGCCGCCUCCUCAUUGCCGAGGCGGAUGAGCACGCAAUUGCUGUGUGGCGCAAGCGCUUUCCGCAAGAUGUUGUCGCCGAGAACGAGUUCUGGGCGCAAAGGAGGGCGAAGCAAGCUGCGCGUCAGGCGGUCAAGCAUGCCCGGAAGGCACUGGCGGAAGCCCAGUGUGAGCUGGGACCUGCGUCGAUCUGGGACCAGGAUGAUCCUCGGUGGGUCGACGCGUUUACGUCGUUGGACUACACCACCGAGGAGGACGAGUAG